AUGUCUUCAUCUCAGGCUGAUAUUGUUAACUGCACCGACAGUGUAGAUUUCUGCGACAAUGUUAUUGUUAUGGAAGUCAACAAUCUCCUAGUAGGAUGGCUGGCAUAUGAAAUAAAAUUCACGCCUAAAAAACCAGGCCCUGUGAAACUCAUUAUUCAUCUUAAAGAUGCUGUCAAAUUCAUGCAUGUUGAAGAACCCACUGACAGUGAGGCUGAGUUGUUGUUUUUGAGCAAUGGAUGGAAGAGGGCCCGCAAGAACAAGAAAGUCAAGAUCUCUGUUAUUGAUGCAAACAUGAUCACAGAGGGUCUCACAGCUCUCAAAAUCACAUCUACCAGUUCUGAGUAG